AUGUGGAGAGAUCGCACUAAUCUGUACAUCUCCUACCGCCAGUCCUAUACACACCAUCCGGCCAAGAGGUCCAGGUACCCAGCUAGCUCCAAUGGCUUCGCCGACCAAGGGUCCGAAGAGACCAGGGGCCUCAUGUCCGCUGGCGCAUUCGACAACGAUGGAGACGCUGUGAUAGAGAUGGAUCUGCUGCCGCCUCGGUGGAUUGACGUGCAAGAUGAAGUUUCCGACAUCCUCAAAGACAUCACUCUCAAAGCCGCCAAAUUGGACAAGCUCCAUUCCAAGCACGUUCUCCCCGGCUUCGACGAUGAGUCAGUUAAGCAGCAGGAGGAGAGAGAGAUCGAGAGUCUGACGACCGAGAUUACAAGAGGCUUUCAGGAAUGUCAGAGAGCAAUCAAGCGUAUCGAGAAGAUGGUUGGAGAGUCCAGGCAGACAGGAAACUUACAAAGGGGAGACGAGGUCAUGGCCCAGAACAUUCAAACCGCUCUGGCCUCCAGAGUUCAAGAAGUCAGCGCGACCUUCAGAAAGAAGCAAAGCAGUUAUUUGAACAAACUUCGCGCGCUUGGGGGCUUCGAGUCGCCAAUCGGCCGGUCAGUGACUCCCGUACAGAAUCCCUAUACGGAUCCAGCUCUUAUGGAGUCAGAAGUGGAUAAACGGCUCAGUCAGUCAACGCUACAGCAGACCGCACAGAAGCGCUUGGGAAGAAACGACACUGCCAUUGCACAGAGGGAACAAGAAAUCAACGAUAUCGCGAAGGGCAUUAUUGAGCUGGCCGACAUCUUCCGCGAUCUCCAAGCCAUGGUGAUCGACCAGGGCACGAUGCUGGAUCGAAUAGACUACAACGUGGAGAGGAUGGCGGUCGAUGUUAAGGGGGCCGAGAAGGAGCUCGUUGUUGCCACCAACUACCAACGACGCAACACAAAGCGGAAAAUUCUGCUGUUGCUUAUCCUCCUCGUUGUCGCCCCCCACCACGGCCAGAAAAUCCUCCAGAAAAUCCUUCUUGAAGGAUUCAACGAGCCAAAUGACAAAUUCAAAGUCGUACUCGGACGGCACCCUGAGAUUCCUGGCGUCGAUGCCGAACGUUUACCCAUUUGCCUCGGCAUUUAUAAGGGCAUGCCCCCAAUUGAUCUCUAA